AUGCCCCAAGUUGGACCCCUCAUUGUCAGACCUCUGGGCUUUGAUCAGCUAAACACAAUUCUCCUUCAAAUGCCGUUUGGCGUCGUCCAAAUCAUUGCCACUCUGGCUGGAGGCAUCGUAGCGACACGCCUGAAGCUUAAAUUCCCUGUUCUUAUUGCCUUGACAAUUCCUCCUAUCGCUGGGGCGGCUGCACUCCUCAAAAUAAAUCGUGCAUCCUCGAAUGCCAAGGCUGCGCUGCUUGGAUCCUACUACCUGUGGGCAUUCAACAUUGUCUCUCAGAAGGCGAAUGACGUGACCUAA